GCUGCCCUUGGAAAGGGGUAAGAAGCUGAGAGAGGUCCUCAGGGAGAAGGGUUUGCUGCACCACUUCUUCCAGCAUCACCACUAUGACAUUGGCACCAAAUUCCCACAUGCUUUUCCCAAUGGAACUGAAGUGGCCACCGAGCCCAUGCUGAACACCCUCGACAUGGAGUACUACGGGACCAUCUCCAUUGGCACCCCACUGCAGAACUUCACCGUGGUCUUCGACACUGGCUCCUCCAACCUCUGGGUUCCCUCCAUCUCCUGCACCAGCCUGGCUUGCCAAAGCCAUCAGAUGUUUAACCCGUCGCAGUCCUCCACCUACAAAAGCACAGGGCAGAACUUGUCUAUUCAGUAUGGCACUGGUGACAUGGAGGGCAUCGUGGGCUCUGACACUGUCACCGUUGCAUCUCUGGUGGACACCAAUCAGCUCUUCGGCUUAAGCACCACUGAGCCCGGCCAAUUCUUUGUCCACGUCAAAUUCGAUGGGAUCCUGGGCUUGGGCUACCCAAAUCUGGCUGCUGAUGGGAUCACGCCGGUCUUCGAUAACAUGGUGAAUGAGAGCUUGCUGGAGGAGAACCUCUUUUCAGUCUAUCUGUCCCGCGAGAUGACAGGGAGCGUGGUCAUCUUUGGGGGAAUCGAUGAAUCUUAUUUCACUGGCUCCAUCAACUGGAUCUCUGUCUCUUACCAAGGUUACUGGCAGAUCUCCAUGGACAGCAUCAUUGUGAACAGCCAGGAGAUAGCAUGCAGUGGCGGGCGCGGCGUGGGGGGCUGCCAAGCCAUCAUCGACACUGGCACUUCUCUUGUGGCUGGGCCACCCUCUGGCAUUAGUAACAUCCACAGCGCAGUCGGGGCCAGGCAUGACGUGUAUGGAGAGUACAACGUGAACUGCAGCUUCAUUUCUGCCAUGCCUGAUGUCAUCUUUGUCAUCGAUGGGGUUCAGUAUCCUGUGUCUGCCUUGGCUUACACUGAGCAGAAUGACCAAGGACCUUGCAUCAGCAGCUUCCAGAACACCUCUGGGGACCUCUGGAUCUUGGGAGAUGUCUUCAUCAGGGUGUACUACAGCAUCUUUGACCGGGCCAACAACCGCAUAGGACUGGCCAAGGCUAUUUAG